AUGAGACACUUGCUGUGUUUGUUAGGCUUGCUUGCCGUUACGUCUGCUCUUCAACAGUUUUCUGUGAAAGACGGUGGAAAAACGUGUUUUUUGUUGGAGGCCGAUGUUGAAGGAGAGAUUAAAUGGAAAGAUGGAAACGAAACAAAGUCAUUCUCGUGGAAGCUCGACAAAGUGACACAGCAAAGCGGAGAGUGUAACGGGAAACGUGAGGGGCUCAAAUCGAACCGUUUGGAGGCUCAAUUCUUGCCUAAGGACACCUCAUCGGGACAAUACGGACAACUCUGGAUCUUCACUUUGGAGCUAGUUCAACAAACCGGUGAUAACAAAACCUACGAGUUGGUCGAUUGGAGUUUGUCCUUUACGCCACGAGUCGGAAUCAAUAUUACUGACACCUACCGAAAGACCAAAGAUGCCGUCACGGACCUUUCCGCUUUUGGAUCCAACGCUUACAAGUGCUCAAAUGUUGGCCUGGCUUUGGAUGCGGCUGAUGGAUCGGGUGUGGGAUCGGUGUUGACACUGAAGUCUGUUCGAGCUGUCGCUUUUGCCAGCAUCGAUGGAGACAAGUUCCCAGAGAAACAAGUCUACGAAGUGUGCAGUCUUGACUCCAAGACUUCGGACAUUGUCCCAAUCAUCGUUGGAGCUUGUUUGGCUGGAUUGGUGGUUGUUGUGCUUGUUGCUUAUUUGGUGGGACGUGCUCGUGCAAAGAGACAAGGAUAUGCUUCCCGUUUAAGU